GAUGGAUACUUUACGCAGCCGGGACUUGGUGUUUGAGCGGAGCUGAAUGGAGGCAGCCUCUUCCUGGUGGAUAAACAGUGACAGCUACAGGGCAGCCACCUACUAGACCCAGCACACAGGCUCUGGCGCUGCCCUGGCACAACAACACCAAAAUGGCUUCAGACAGUACACACAUCGCGCAGUUGACUUCUGAGCUCUACUUCCUAAUAGCCCGGUUUCUAGAAGCUGGACCGUGUCAAAAAGCAGCCGAGACCCUGAUAAGGGAGGUGGAGGAGAAGGAGCUGCUCCCCAUAAGGCUGGACUGGACAGGGCAGGAGCACCCCGGGACCUACGACAAUUUGGUGAAGCUAUACCGGCACAUCAGUCCAGACCACCUGCUGCAGGUCUGCUCCAGAGUUUGCCCGCUGCUGGAGACGGAGGUCCCCGCCAGCGUGCCUGGACUCACCAGCCUGCUAGGGGCUGGCCGGCAGAAUCUCCUCCGCACCACCAAGAGCUGCAAGCAUGUGGUGUGGAAGGGCUCGGCGCUGGCUGCGCUGCACUGUGGGCGACCACCUGAGCCGCCUGUCAUCUACGGGAGCCCGCCUAAUAUUGUCGAGACGGGCUUCGGCCGCCGACUCAACGGCUCCUACCGCCUCCGGCAGCUGGUGCCCACAGCUGUGUACCUGCACAUGAAGAUGCACAAGAGGAUCCUGGGACACCUGUCGUCCGUGUACUGCGUCACCUUCGACAGAACGGGCCGGCGCAUCUUCACGGGCUCAGACGACUGCCUUGUGAAGAUCUGGGGAACAGAUGACGGGCGUCAGCUGGCGACGCUGCGCGGCCACGCCGCUGAGAUCUCCGACAUGGCCGUCAGCUACGAGAACACCAUGAUCGCUGCCGGGUCCUGUGACAAGACCAUCAGGGUGUGGUGCUUACAGACCUGCGCCCCUUUGGCCGUCCUGGAAGGACACGCAGCCUCGAUCACAUCACUGCAGUUUUCUCCUCUCUGUUGCGGCUCAAAGCGCUACCUGUCCUCCACCGGAGCCGACGGCACCAUCUGCUUCUGGCAGUGGGAUGCACGCACGCUCAAGUUUGGUCAGAGGCCCAGCAAAUUCACAGAGCGUUCCAGACCCGGCGUCCAGAUGAUCUGCUCCUCCUUCAGCGCAGGUGGUAUGUUCCUAGCCACAGGAAGUACAGAUCACAUCAUCAGGGUGUACUACUUCGGGUCAGGCCAACCAGAGAAGAUCUCCGAACUUGAGUCCCAUACAGACAAAGUCGACAGCAUCCAGUUCUCACAUUGCAGUGACAGGUUUGUAAGCGGCAGCAGGGAUGGUACAGCACGAAUCUGGCAGCUGCAGCCUCAGGGCUGGAGGAGCAUUCUGCUGGACAUGCAGACCAAAUUACCCGGGAAGUACAACCCUCCUCCGCUGGAAGACAAGGUGACCAAGCUGAAGGUUACCAUGGUAGCAUGGGAUCGCCACGACGGCAUGGUGAUCACAGCGGCCAACAAUCUGACGCUGAAGGUGUGGAAUUCUACCACCGGCAACCUCGUCCACGUCCUGAUGGGUCAUGAGGAUGAGGUGUUUGUCCUGGAGCCACACCCCUUUGAUCCAAGAAUCUUGUUCUCAGCGGGGCAUGAUGGGAACUGCAUUGUGUGGGACCUCGCCAGAGGAGUCAAAAUCCGCUCCUAUUUCAACAUGAUCGAGGGCCAAGGGCACGGAGCGUUGUUUGACUGCAAAUGUAGUCCAGAUGGGCAGCAUUUCGCAGCCACCGACUCCCAUGGACACCUGCUCAUCUUUGGCUUUGGAUCUAGCAGCAAGUAUGACAAGAUAGCGGACCAGAUGUUCUUCCACACCGACUACCGGCCGCUGAUCCGAGACGCUAACAAUUACGUGCUGGACGAGCAGACUCAGCAGGCGCCGCACCUGAUGCCCCCUCCCUUCCUGGUGGACGUGGACGGGAACCCCCACCCCCCCAGAUACCAGCGGCUGGUGCCCGGCAGGGAGGGCUGCCGGGACGAGCAGCUCAUCCCACAGAUGGGGGUCACCUCCUCAGGCCUGAAUCAGGUGGUGAGUGAGCAGGCGGUGGACGGUUCCAGUCCUCUGGAUACGAUGAUUCAGAGGCUGCAGCAGGAGCAGGACCAAAGACUGGGAGGGAAUGACACCAGGUCCAACAGAGGGUCGGUGGGUUCGCCCACAGAGGUGCACUCUCCGCCCAACGUGGGUCUGCGUCGCAGUGGGCAGAUCGAGGGCGUCCGCCAGAUGCACAGCAACGCCCCGCGCAGCCAGAUGGCCACGGAGGGAGACCUGGUAGCCUGGAGCCGCAGGGUGCUGGUCCCCGAGCUGGAGGACGCCUCCGUCAGGAGACAGAUAAACUGGCGUGAGGCUAAAGGGGAGGAGGAGAUCAAUAUCUAUCAGUCAGAAAGGAGACGACGUACCAUCCACUCUCUCCCCAAGGAGAGCAGGGGUCAUCCGACAUCAUCCGAGUCAGUUGACGAAGGGAGGAGGAGUCUGGGUAACCACGGCUACCAAACGCGUGCCGCUAUGGAGGAGACGAGCCGUCAGAGUGCCGAGGCUGCCGAUGACGAUGAAAGCGCCUCAGAGGGAGAGGCGGAGGUUCGGCAAAUUAACGGGCAUUCCUCAGAGGAGGAGAAGGAGGAGGAGCAAAAGGAGCCCUGGCCGGAUGACCACAGUAGUUCAAGUGACUACUCCAGCGAUUACUCUGACUGGACGGCGGACGCAGGGAUCAACCUUGAACCGCCAAAGAAGAGCGUGAAAGUGAAAAAGAAAAGCAGCGGCUCCGAGGAAGACGGAGAGAAGAAGAGGGACGGGAAGAAAGAAAGGAAGAAAGACAAAGUGGACAAAGACGGCGCGUUACCAAAGAAGAAGCAGCCAAAGGAGAAGAGGAAGAGGACAGAGUUUCAGGAGCAAGGGCUAACUCUGGAGGAGUGGCUUCCUUCUGCCUGGAUCACCGACACAGUCCCCCGGAGAUGUCCUUACAUACCCCAGAUGGGAGACGAGGUAUACUACUUCCGACAGGGCCAUGAAGCCUACGUGGAGAUGGCCAAACAAAAAAAGAUUUACAGCAUCCAUCCUAAGAAGCAGCCCUGGCACAAGAUGGAGCUACGGGAGCAGGAAUUGAUGAAGAUAGUUGGCAUCAAGUACGAGGUGGGCUUGCCCACGCUGUGCUGUCUGAAGCUUUCCUUCCUGGACCCCGACACCGGCAAACUGACCGGAGGAUCCUUCUCUAUGAAAUACCACGACAUGCCCGAUGUCAUUGACUUCCUGAUACUGCGCCAGCAGUUUGACAACGCCAGAAAGAGGCAGUGGAGUAUAGGUGACAGGUUUCGGUCAGUGAUUGACGAUGCCUGGUGGUUUGGGACCAUUGAGAGCCAGGAGCCCUACCAGUCUCAGUAUUCUGACAGCCUGUUUCAGUGCUACAAUGUCUGCUGGGACAAUGGAGACACAGAGAAGAUGAGUCCUUGGGACAUGGAGCCCAUCCCUGAUGAUGUUGCUUUCCUCUCCCGUGCAGCCACGUUCCCUGAUGAGUUGGGCAUGAGUGUCCCGCUGGUAGAAGAGGAGCAAAAGGAACUACUGUACGUGCCGAUGGACGGGGAAUGGGGCUGCCGCACGCGCGCAGAGGAGUGCGAACGCAUCAUCAAAGCCAUCGACCAGCUCUGCACACUCGACGUGGCAGCGCCGUUUGCCUUUCCAGUGGACCUACAAGCUUACCCUACAUACUGCACGGUGAUUGCCUACGUCACUGACCUCAGCAGCAUACGGCAGAGGCUGGUGAACCGCUUCUACAGACGGCUGUCCUCUCUGAUGUGGGAGGCUCGUUACAUUGAACACAACGCCCAAACGUUCAAUGAGCCCGGAUCAUUCAUUGUCACCACCGCCAAGUUUGUCUCAGACCUCAUGCUGCAAUUCAUUAAGGACCCAAAUCUGACAGACAUCAUGCCGCUCUACAAAACUAUGAAGAAGGCGACCUUCUCUGACUCUGAAGACGAGGAUGAUGAGGAGGAGGAUGAAGAUACUAAUACUCCUGGAACAUCAACGCGAAACCACAAGGGUCGUCGGCCCACGAAGCGCCAACUGCGAACCCGACCCCCGUCGUACGACCCUCAUGCGUGGAGGGGACGCUGUAAGGAGCUGCUGGAUCUCAUCUUCCAGUGUGAAGACUCUGAGCCCUUCAGAGAACCUGUGGACCUGCAGGAAUACCCAGACUACCUGCAAAUAGUCGAAUCACCGAUGGACUUUGGCACCGUUCUAAACACGCUCAAAGAGGGAAAGUACCAAUCUCCCAUUGAGCUCUGCAAAGAUGUCCGGCUCAUUUUCAGCAACUCCAAAGCUUACACGCCCAGUAAGAAGUCUCGGAUCUACAGUAUGAGUCUGAGGCUCUCUGCCCUCUUUGAGGAGCAUGUCAGCUCCAUCCUGGCUGACUACAAGGCCAUCCACGGCCUGACGAACAAACUGACCAGGCAGGGCACGGACAGACAGACGCGACACACUACAGACAGACAGACGCGGCACGCCAUGAAGAGGAGGAGGAGGAGGAGCGAAUCUCCAGCAAGCAGCACUGCAUCCAGUCCAGAGAGAAAGAGACGUGUAUCAUCCAGGGUGACCGCAAAAAAGGAGCCAUCUCCUCCACCACCUCCUCCUUCACGAUCCUCCUCUCUGAGACACAGCAUCCCCGUCAAACAGCCGCCUCAGCUGGUCAACGGGAAGGCAGACACGCCGGCCGCAGGGCGUACGCGAAGCGCGGCGCGCCAUUCUACGCACUCUCCACCCUCCUCAUCCUCCUCACAUAACGCCACAAGCAGCACACAGAGCACAACAGAGUCUACUCGCUCACUGAGGGCUCAUCACUCUGUGUCGUCUUCAACAACACCAGCUCCUGUAAAGGUGACGCCGUCUGCAGCCGCGGAAGGUAGCAGCGGAGGAAGCACGCGGCGGAAACUCAGGACUCCUGUACGACUCACACCUGGCUCUCCUGCCAACCCUUCGUCUAAGAGCACAGUCCACCUGAAUGGCCACAGUAGUCAUGUGACCCUGGGAGUGGGGAGGAGGGGGCGGAAAUCCAAAGCUGAGCAGCCGGUGAGUCCUCCAGAAGCCACGACCCCGGGGAGCCCUUCCAGACCGCGAGGACGCCCCGCCGGCAAGAAGAGAGGCAGGAAGAGCAAGCAGGAGCAGGAGGAGAUGAGAAGGAGCAGCAACCGCAGGAGCUCCACCCCCGACGACGAGCUUGACCAAUCGACGGGGGACGAAGGCGGGACGUCUUCCGCGCAGGAAACAUCGUUGCUGUCGGACUCUGGCACAGUGUCGACACCCAGGCGGCGCGGCCGGCCGCGCGCGGUAAGAACUGACGACGCCCCUCCUCCCGCUGAGUCGCCUGAGCCCUCGCCGCUGAGGAGGAGCAGCAGGAGAGCCAAUGAGGAGGUCACGCCUCCCUCGCAGGCUGCUCCUCGGCGAUCCAAUCGGAAGGGGCCUCCGGAGGAGGAGGAGGAGGAGGAGGCAGCAGGGGAGGAGGAGGCAGGGGAUGAGGCGGCAGGGGAUGGGGCAGCAGGGGAUGAGGCGGGAGGUGAUGAGGCGGGAGGGUCGAUGCGCACACGUAACCAGGGGCGACGGUCCGCCUGGUACAUGGAGGAGGACUCUGAGGAGGAGCAGAGGCAGCUGCUGUUCGAGGACUCGUCGAUAACGUUUGGCACCUCCUCAAAGGGACGCGUCCGCAAGCUGACUGAAAAGGCCAAAGCCAACCUUAUAGGCUGGUAACCGUGACAACGGGACAGACACAGGAUGUGAGGAGGAGGCUGACAGAGGAGAAAUCCUGUGGAGAUUUCUUAGCAUCGGAGGAGUCGGAGGCUGAGUUGAGGAAGUUGUGCUUGGCGUUUAUAAGCACUUGUACGUCUGGGGGAGCUGCUAGUCCAGCUGCCGCUACUCAACGCUGUGGCGAUGGAGACACAACAGCGCAGCUAUCUGUCCACUCCUCCUUCCUGUUGGCCCAGUAAGCACAUCACUACAACUACAACCGACGGAUUUCUGGCAACGCAUGUUCAUUCGUCCCAACUCCUCCUUCAUUAUAUUGGUCCAUGUUGGAUCCCACAGGAGCUCGCUGACUCCAUAGCUGGUGGUGGUCUUGUGACUCGCUCCUGUCCAGCGAACCACUCUACACCUCCGUCUGCCCUGUCGGCGUCAGAUCGGGCAAAAUAGUUGAACAGUUUUAGUACUUGAAAAAAUCCAGAGGAGAGCUGGAUGUAUCUUAUCUUGCUAUUUUUGAGGAGUGUCUCUUCUGGGUAGGUCAAAGACGCCCACUGAGCUGAAACUGUUAGGUCUGUGACGGAUUACAGACUGUCUUUUGCCCACCAUUCUUCAUUAUUCCCGCUCUUUUUUUAUACAACCCCCCUCUCUGCUUUUUCUAAGAUUUGUACGUGAUGAUCGGCUCUCUGUUUCGGAAGUCUUAACACAUCGGCUGACCUGACUGAGCGUGUCCGUCUGCGCUAAAAUACCAAAUGGCGUACCUUCGUUGGUACUGUAGAUCUGUAGGUUUUGUUUACUGUUGAUGUGCGUGGGUGUGUGUGUGUUCUUAUUUUGCAUGUUAAUUAGAAAGCAUCUCUUUUUUUUAGAAGCUGUUUUUACUGUGAGGAGAAGGAGAAAAAGGAUGCAUGAUGGGUGAAAGGGGUCAUUUCUAUGUCUCGAUAGAUCGUGUUUCAAUGCGUCCUCAACAUUAGCAAUACCUUGUGCCUUUAUGUCCUUGGUGUGUUUGAGUGUGUGUGUGUGUGUGUGUGUGUGUGUGUAUGUGCGCGUGUGUAAAAGGCCUCUGCCCUGCAAUGUACAUGUGCCUGUAUGUGUACGAAUAAGCGAGUAAGUGUAAGUGAAGGAGUGCGUGUGUGUUUUUAUAACACAACUGAGUGCGUCAUUCACUUUCAGCGUACAAACAGUGGCAUACAGUUGUGAAACCUCUCAAAGAAAUGUAUUUAUAGCAGUUGAAAAAAAGAAAAAAGACUUUACAGUUGUUGUAAAACCAUUAUUCAUGUCGAUAUAUUAUCCUAUAAUAACCAACCUAUCGUCAGUUUAUACCUAAGGUACAGCCAGUGGAGCUUUUGGGGGACUUAGCUUUGAGAUGCACUUGCCACAGACCGGUUUAUCAAUGCAGUCGUAGGGGAGUAACCCUGUGUAUUUUAACAUACGAAAACUGAACUUUUUAAAUGUUGAUAUGUUUCUAUGGUGACCACACACACAUCCACACACACACGCAAUUCUGUCUCGCAUGUUCUAGCACUUUCUCACGCCCGGAGCGAACAGGAUCGAGCCAGAUCAAACUGGGUCGGACCGACUUUGGAUGGAAAGCCGAUAGAGAGAGAGAGACAAGUCUUAUAUUCAUCUUUCUGAUUGUGUGCCUUCGCUACUCUGGCAUAUUGAAUCCUUGGUUUUCUGCUUUCGGGGCCUUUUUUUCUUUCUUUUUUUGGACUUCCUGGUUCUGCUCGUCGCUGGGUUCACUUCGAGGACUGAUGGGCUUGUAUAACGAAAGAGAGAAAAGACUGAAAAAUGAACAAUGACUGGAGACAAACAUGUCACUCUCUCUCUCUCCGUACACACAACUAAUGGACCGAGUUUAUAAAGAUGACCGCCUCCAGUUUGAACUGUUUUUACCCCAGCCCAGAGCGACCGACUCGUGUUGUGGGUUUGACGGGAGAACUGGACGUUAUCAUCUAUAUACACCUGGUUCCUUUCAUAGGUCACAUAUUAUUGAAUAUAUAUCUCAUCGUUGUUUUUUUGUUUGUCAAUGCCAAAUUCUGUCUUUUGGGCACUGAAGUUUUAGACCAUGGCUUUUUGAAUGUUUUUAUUUUCUGUCUCCACGGUGAUUGUGUUGAGCUCGUUCACAUAUUAGCGUGUCAACUGUUUUCUGUCUGUGUCCCCGCCAUACAGGACGACGGUUCAGUGGCUACAUCUGUGGAGUUAGAAUGGUGUUUUAUACUCUGUCGCACUUAUUUGAGGAUACAAUUAACUUUCUUCUCACUCAGUCUGGCUUAUAUUUACGUCACAAAAAGAUUUGUUUAUAUUGUGUAUAUGAAGAGUUUUAUUCCAGAUUGAGACAGCCUAAAAACACUGACACCUUCCUCCACAAAUGGCUGUCGGCAUGAGAGUAAAUGUUAUUGUUGGGGGGUUUGUAUUAAAGAUAGGAAGCUUGUGAUCUUUGCCCACAAACGAUGUAUUUUGUGGGCAAAGAUAAACUCUUCGUGGGCACAUAAAGGUUUUUUUUUUUCUAUCUCAAUCGCAAAUAAUCAUAUUUACAGUACAUAUAUGCACAGAUUAUCAUGAGCAAAGUGUGGAAAUAAGAUUUUAGACUUCUCAAACCUUAGGUAUGAGCUCAAAUAUAAUGUUUACAUGAGCCAACAGAAAAAGAAACGUAGUACUUGAGAAUCCAAAUUGUUUGCCGGAUUUUGCGUGGAUGUACAAAUUUUGAAUCAGGAAUGAUCGGUGGCUAACCUCGCCGUUGGCUGCCUACAUAGUAACCAUUGUAUACCCAGUUAAAGGGGAACUAGGGCCAUUUUCAAAAUUCAUACAUGUCAUUCCUAUGGUCUAAGACAAUCCAAAAAAUACUUAGAAAACAUAAACAACUCUCUUCCAAAUCCAAAAACAAGAGUUUUUGUUAAAGAGUUGUUAAAACUCAACCUUGUGAUGUCAUAGGGUAUAAAGUGUGGAACUGCUCUAUAGACGAUGAAUUGAGAGACAUGUUAUAGAUGUCACUGAUGCCUUCAACUGAAACUUGUGUUUACAAUAAGGGAAGUCGUGUAUACAAAAUGUUUGGCGUUGAGUUGUGAGAACACCGCUGCUAAGCAACAGCAAUAUUAACGUUACUGUCGGCAUCUAGAAGCCACAGAGGCUAACAAUUGAACUCGGAGCUUUCAGAAACUAUCCCCUUACGAGGUCUGAAUACCACUGAGUAUAGAGUUCUGAGUAUAUGGGUACAUUUUCUGUUUCAUUUGGGUAUAAAAAAGAAAACAAACAUUCUGCGGGGUCCACAAAAUCAGUCUCCCAUUCAUUGUCUGUGGAGCAGCUCCAGACUGUAUACCCUAUGACAUCACAAGUUUGAGACUUACUUCUCUGGUUUCUGGCUUUGAGAGAGAAGAGCUCAUGUUCACAUAUAUUGAUUGAACUUUACUAGGCCAUGGAUGUAACUACUAGAAUUCUUAAUUUGGAUGGUGUUCUCAUUUAAUACGGGGCUGGGCAGGUAUGUGCGUUAUUUCCCCUCUGAUUUCCCAUUGAAAUACAGUCAAAGUGGGAAUGCAGUCAUCACAUCAAAGUAGACAUGUUUAUUCUAUCUUUUAUCGACCGCCCCGCUUCAUCAGAUCACCCACACUACCUGGCCAUAUUCAUCAAAUCUGUCAAAGUAAAAGAGCUGAUUCAUUAUUGCUGGUCAGGUCACCCUAACCAUGUUAGUAAUAAUGUACAACCUCUAAUCAUUUCAAAGGGGCCUUAAUAGCAAGUCACUGGUUUAUAAGCAAGAAUGUGAGUAUUCACACAUUCCCACUUAUAACUACUCUUUCUUGAGAAGUUCACUGACAGCAGUUCAGAUCAGCUCUCUUACUUUACUGCAUUUUGGAGCUCAUGUACACCACACAUUUACCACGGGCCUGUGCUAAUGUGUGGCAGAGUCGUGCCGUUUGUGGCCUCUGAUAAGGCGUCACAGUGUUUUGUUGGAGGUCAAAAGGUCACAGUGUGUGUGAAGAGGCUGCAUGUGAGCCACCGGGAAGCAUUUUAAGUUUUAUGGGGACGUGGGACGGGGAAAGGGGCGUCUUGUUUCACGUGAAGAGGAUGUCUUUGUUAGUUUGGAUACUUUUUAUAUAUAUAAAGGAAUUCAUGCAAAAAAGAAGCUAGAAUGUAUGUGUAGGGGAGUACUGCUGUCCUGUUAGUUCAUACCAAUAUUUUAAGUAAAUAAACAGUUGUGUUUCCAUAUCCACUUUUCCUUCUUGUUGUGUCAUUUAAAAUCCUCUCUUCAGUUUUUUUUUUUUUAUACCUAAAUUCAUAUUAUUCACCACAUUAAGGGUUCAAGUUACAGUCUGUGAUGUCUUUUAAAAAAAAUAAAUGUGUUUUUUUU